AUGAGCUCAGACCACAGACGUGUGCACAGCAGAUCCAUUAUCCACAUCACGCUCCACCACAGCCAUGGAAGCCCAGCGCCGCAUGCAAAAGCGCCACUGAGAGCUGAUGAAUGUGGCGUGCCAAGCCGCCUAUGGGGGGAGAAAGAAGCAAAGAACCAGGCCCAAGUCGCUGGAUUUGAUCAGGGACAUUUCCAUAAGUUUGUGGAGGGAAGGGGGAGCGGCAAGAUGAUGCUUUUGGGACUCGUAGUUUUUGCUCAAAGUGAGAGACCCCUCAUCUCUGAGAUCGUGAAGAGCAUCGACUGA